GUAAAUGAUAGACUGUUCAAGUAUGUAUCGUAUUAAUAUUGCAUUAGCCUCCACUUAUACCAUACGACACCUUAUGGACGUACAAGUGUCAUUCCAAAGAUUGCAAAAAUAUUUCGGUUAGAGACUGAAUCUGAAGGAACUACAGUUUUACUCAGAAAAACAGCCAAUUCACUCACCUCACUCAAGGAAUACACUGGUAAUAAGAAGAAUAAAAAGCCAGUCGUGUUAAAAUCCAAGGUACAGAAGAGAUCAACCAAGAAUGAUUUGAUGCAUGGUAAAAUGGUUGCAUCAGAUGCACAGCCUAUUUCAUCCAACAAUAUUGGUCAUCGUAUGUUAUCUGCCAUGGGAUGGAAAGAAGGCGAUUCGAUUGGUGGAGGUAUUAAAGAACCCAUCAAGGCGGUGGUCAGGGCCAAACGCCGUGGUUUGGGUGCUUAAAUACGCGUGUAACAUAUGACGUAUUUGUAAUUUGUAAUACACGCGGUUUCAAGUAGAGAAAGACUCUACUUUGUACUGUAAAUAAUAAAAUCAUUAUUCUGUUUAAUAAAUCCGCCUUGUAUUCCUUUAUA